AUGACCGGAACGGACUGGUUGGGUUUUGGAUAUGCUGGGGUUGUUGCUGCUGGAGGACUUGUUGGAUACUUGAAAGCAGGAAGCAUAGCAUCGAUGCUGUCUGGAGUGAUGUUCGGUUCGUUGCUUGGCUUUGGUGCAUAUCAAACCAGUGGCAACCCUGCAAACGCACAUGUCACCAUGGUUACAAGUGCUGUCAUGUCGGGAAUGAUGGGAUACCGAUACUCAAACUCUAAGAAGUUCAUGCCUGCCGGAUUGAUGGCCAUUUUAGGUGCGGUGAUGUUUGCCAGAUCGCUGUAUCAAGUGUACACUUACAGUGCGAAUGCGAAGAUCAAGCAGUGAAGCGCAAUGUUAUAAUUCAGUGACGCACCUUGUUUCUGCAAGAGCCACGAAAUGAACAUAUUUUUUUCUCA